CCAUCUCCAACUCUCUCUGUACAUCUCAACCAUCUCUUACACAUCUUAACAGCAUGUGCAGCUCAAAUAUCAAGUCAGACCACGCAGCGGUGGCCGAGAUUGACGGAAGGCCGGUCCUGCAGCCGGCUUCCAACCGCGUCACGCUGUCGGAAGCCGGCUGGCCGCUCAAGAAACCCCUACAGAAGUCGGUCUCCUUGCCCACAUGGUUCACCAAAACUGCUGCCUGCUUUGAUGUCGAUUCUGGUGACGGUAACCUCAGUGCCCUGCCUAAGCUCUCGCCACUGCCGUCUCCCACGUCGAAGCCGGCGAGGAUCGUACCCGAGCGAGGGAACGAGCCGAACGGCCUCUGUUCCAGCACUGAAAAGCCUGUAGUGCCCAAGGUCCCCGUCAAGUCGGCUGCGAUGGUGAGGAAGAACCCCAAGAAAUCCGCCGGAGGAAGCCAAGUGGCGGUUUCGAUCGACUUCUCGUCGGCGUUUGAGUUCGACAGAGUUCCUGGAAGCAUUGCAGCUGCGCAGAGGGAGCAUGCGGCGCUCGUGCAAGCGCAGAGGAAGCUGCGCGUCGCACACUACGGACGGACGGCGGCUAAGCUUGAAGAGAUGGUGGUUUCCGUUGACCAUCCCGGCAACGGCACGAGCGGCCAUGAGGAGAAGAAAUGCUGCUUCAUAACACCAAAUUCAGAUCGUGUAUAUGUUGCUUACCAUGAUGAGGAGUGGGGAGUUCCUGUCCACGAUGACAGAAUGCUGUUUGAGUUGCUAGUGCUAACAGGUGCUCAAGCUGGGAUGGAUUGGACUGCCAUACUGAAGAAAAGGAAUGGGUUCAGGGCAGCAUUUGCAGAAUUUGACGCACGGACGGUCUCCAAGUUUACAGAGAGGCAGAUGGCUUCAAUCAGUGUGGAACACGGGCUGGAUUUGGGAAGAGUUAGAGGGGUUGUGGCAAAUGCUAACAGAAUCAUAGAGGUGAGAAGAGAGUUCGAGUCCUUGGACAAGUAUCUGUGGGGGUUCGUCAACCACAAGCCCAUCUCCACCAGCUACAGGUCACGCAGAAAAAUCCCUGCUAAGACCUCCAAAUCGGAGUCCAUCAGCAAAGACAUGGUUCGCCGCGGGUUCCGGUUCGUCGGCCCGACCGUCGUCCACUCCUUCAUGCAGGCCGCCGGCCUCACCAACGACCACAUCGUCUCCUGCCCCCGCCACCGCCAUUGCUCAACCCUCUCUGCUAUAAACUGACCUUACAAUUCUCUUUUGAAGUUAUCCAAGGUUUGUGUAUUUUGUGACUCGUUUGGUGUAUAGUUUUGGGUGUGAGGCGUGUAGAAAUAGGAGUGGAAGACUUGAUGAGGAGGGUGUGUGUCUUGUGAUUGCAGGAACAGGGGACAUAGCAUGUGAUCACUACAUGCCUCAUUAUUCCUCACUCACUUUCAGCUCAACAUAUCCUCCCUCUUGUGAAGACAAGUUGCCAUGUUUCUAGGUAGAGAAACGCCUUGUCAAAGCUUCCACCAACUCCAGUGACUUCCAUUUACCAACCAAGGAUAAAGAGAACAAGGAGGAGCCUCCAUUGCAAGGGAGAUGGAUGGGCUCAUACAUAGUGUGUGCCAUGUGUUUGUGCACUUUGCUUGGCAAGUAGUAUAUACUGUUCCCUUUGUUUAUGCAGCCAUAUGUGCAAGAAUAUUAUUCACGUGGGACUGCUUUUAUUUUGGUCUACCUUUUCACUUUUUCUUAGAUCAACUAUGGCAAUUGUUAUGUGCUACCAUUAGCUGUGUGGAAAGUGCAUGUUGUUGUACCAAAGAGAAUAAAAGCACAUGGUUCUCAUUUUCUGCAA